AUGCAUAGAUCAAACCGUUUACGAGGCAUCGACCUCGAUAUUGAUGCUCUGAAUCAUGAAUUUCUCCACUUUCGCGGGGUCGUGAUUCGAUCUUUGUUAGAAGCCAUGACUGUGGAACAUCUUCGUACAAGCAAUACUGUUAUUGCUGGAACUCUUAAUUUACUGCUACUUGAAGCACAUCAAGGUUCUACACCACACUGGCGAUUCCAUCUAAAAGGUCUUCAGCAACUCAUGGCACUGCGUGGUGGAGCUCGAGGUGUAGCAAAAGCACCAGGAGCCGAAUCAAUUCUCCCUACGUUCGCACAUACCACAGUCCUGUCUGACUCAACAUCCCCAGCAUCAGAUAUGAUGAUCUCAAAAAUGAAUAUUGAUGAUUUUGAAUUUGUCGUCGAGGAAUACGGCGAGCGAAACGGAGCAUUCGCCUCCUUUCCUCCAGAAUUGUUCCGUGAAGUGGUUAACAUCAACCAUCUACGAUCAAGAGCUACGCAGGAGUUGACUCUAAUGAGCACUCUCACAUCCGAGGCAUAUCAAACACUAACUCGGAUCCACAUGUUCGGACCAGAAGUGUGGGCUUCUAAUAGACACUGGGGAAUAGAGGAGUGGACUCUCCUUGCACGAUUAAAUCAGGCUGCGAUAGCCUUAUACUGCAUAAUUUCCUUGCAGAGUGUCUCCAUUUUACCUGAUACGCCAUCUUUAAGAAAUAGUCGCAGUACACUUGCCGGACUAGUGAAGACGCAUCUCGACCAAGCGAUGAGAUCACCGCGGAGCCGAAGAUCUUUGACGUGGUAUUUCGUUGUGCUAGGUGUCCAGGCCGUUCAUGCUGGUGGAAAUAUGCGUGAAUACGUGCGAACGAGGCUUUCGGAACUGAGCCAUUUCAGUGCUUCGUAUCGACCACUCGCUGCGAAGGAAAUCUUGGAAGAAUUUUGGACUUCGGGUUUGACUACGUGGGAUGACUGUUUUGAUAAACCCUACGCAUUAUGUCCUCGGUGA